UGGAUGCGUGAACAUGGAAAGCAAAGGACUGAGGUAUGCCGCUGUAGCAGUGUGUAAUUUUAACUGGGAACACUGCCUGGAGAGCAGAAUAAUGACGACUAGGCUACACCCGAAAUCAGAUCACCAGUUUCUUCAAAAUAGUUGAAGAAAGAAGUAACUUAAGGUACUAAAAUCGGGAGGAAGUCGAUCCAAAUGUUUUGUCCACAAACUUUUCAGAACUUUUCCUAUCGUUAAGAAAGAAAAACUGCGCUGCACAAAAGGUCUAUUGAUUACAGGACAAGGACCCCUCCCCCCAUGCUCCAGCGUCACUUCCAGUUUCCCCGGAAGAAGAACUCAGCACCUCAGCGUGACAUAAGGGAUGAAUGAGAACCGCUCCCCUGCCACUCUACUGAGAAGGUGCCGCAUCGCCAUGACAGAGACGGACACGCCUCCCUCGGCUGCGAACAAGGCUGCCCUGUCCUCGGGCUCAGGGGAGGGAGGAGGAAGUGGCGAGGGACAGCCUGAUGCCGAUGGUACCUGUCCUGAUCUGUCGGCACUGGCCGACCUGUUUGAGAGUGAGGAGGGCUCCCAGUCACCUCAGGACCCGGCUCCGGAUGUCGACCGGCCAGGCCAGCUGCAGCCAGGGGACGGCCGACAAAACCUCCGCAUGAAGUUCCACGGUGCCUUUAAGAAGGGCAUCUCUAACCCCAUGGACCUGCUGGAGUCGACCAUCUACGAGUCACCCGUGGCGCCCGGCCCCAAGAAAGCCCCCAUGGACUCUCUCUUUGACUAUGGUACCUACAGGCACACCAACAACAAGAAGCCACGCAGGAAGAAGCUCCCGCGAGGUAAGACUGAGACGUCCUGCAAUGAAAGUCUGGACCCUCCGGGCUUGGACCCACCCAAGGUGUUGAAGGUGUUUAACCGCGUGCUGCUCUUCGAUGGCGUGUCACGGGCCGACCCAGAGGCCCUCUCCGGCCUGCUGGAGUACCUACAGGGUCACGAAAAGAGGCUCACCGACGAGGAGUUCAAAGAACCUUCUACGGGGAAGACAUGCCUGCCCAAAGCCCUUCUGAACCUGUACAGUGGUCAGAAUGACACCAUUCCUAUGCUGAUGGACAUCGCAGAGCAGACAGUCAACCUCCAUGAGUUCAUCAACACGCCCUUCAGAGACGUCUACUACAGAGGCCAGACGGCGCUCCACAUCGCCAUUGAGAGGCGCUGUAAGCAGUACGUGGAGCUGCUGGUGGAGAAAGGGGCAGAUGUUCACGCCCAGGCCCGCGGACGCUUCUUCCAACCCAGGGACGAGGGGGGCUACUUCUACUUUGGCGAGCUGCCUCUGUCGCUGGCAGCGUGCACCAACCAGCCGAACAUGGUGCACUACUUGACCGAGAACGCCCAUAAGAAGGCUGACCUUCGACGGCAGGACUCGCGUGGCAACACAGUGCUACACGGCCUGGUGCACAUCGCCGACAACACCCGGGACAACACCCGUUUCCUCACCAAGAUGUACGACCUGCUGCUGACCAAGUGUGCCAAACUCUACCCAGAAUGCAGCCUGGAGGACAUUCUCAACAACGACGGCAUGUCGCCCCUUAUGAUGGCAGCGAAGCUGGGAAAAAUUGGGGUUUUCCAGCACAUCAUUCGCAGGGAGAUCAAGGACGAGGAAGCGCGUCACCUCUCACGGAAGUUCAAGGACUGGGCGUACGGCCCCGUGUACUCCUCCCUGUACGACCUCUCCUCGCUGGACACCUGUGGAGAGGAGGUGUCCGUGCUGGAGAUCCUGGUCUACAACAGCCGCAUCGAGAAUCGCCAUGAGAUGCUGGCUGUGGAGCCCAUCAACGAGCUGUUGAGGGCCAAGUGGCAGAAGUUUGCUGCUGUCACCUUUUACAUCAGCGUUGUCUCCUACCUGGUGACCAUGAUCAUCUUCACCCUGGUGGCCUACUACCGCCCAUCCCAGGGAACGCCUCCGUACCCUUACACCACCUCCACAGACUAUCUGCGUCUGGGAGGGGAGGUUAUCACCUUGGGCUCCGGAGUCUUCUUCUUUCUCACCAACAUUAAGGACCUCUUCCUGAAGAAAUGCCCCGGGGUGAACUCCCUAUUUGUCGACGGCUCCUUUCAACUGCUCUACUUCAUCUACUCUUUGCUGGUGAUAGUGACUGCGGCCCUCUACCUGUCGGGUAUCGAGGCCUAUGUGUCUGUGAUGGUGUUUGCGCUGGUCCUGGGCUGGAUGAACACUUUAUACUUCACUAGAGGCCUGAAGCUCACCGGCACCUACAGCAUCAUGAUACAGAAGAUUCUCUUCAAAGACCUGUUCCGGUUUCUGCUGGUCUACGUGCUCUUCAUGAUUGGAUACUCGUCAGGUACAGUGUCCCCUACUGCACACUUCUUCUCAGCAGUCUGUCGGCCAGUUGAAACAGAGGAGAAAGCUACCUUAUCAUCUCCUCCUGUUUCCCAUGUCACCCCAGCUCUGGUGUCCCUCCUGGCGGUGUGCCCCGGGCCUGAUGAGGUGUGUCCGGAGGAAGGCGGCUGCCCCACCUACCCCCAGUGCCGGGACACGGACACUUUCAGCAACUUCCUGCUGGACCUGUUCAAGCUGACCAUCGGAAUGGGUGAUCUGGACAUGGUCAGCAGCGCCCAGUACCCAGCUGUCUUCCUCAUCCUGCUGGUCACCUACAUCAUCCUCACCUUCGUGCUGCUGCUCAACAUGUUGAUCGCUCUGAUGGGAGAGACAGUGAGCCAGGUGUCCAAGGAGAGCAAGAAGAUCUGGAAGCUGCAGUGGGCUACGACAAUCCUGGACAUCGAGCGCUCCUUCCCUGUGUGUCUGCGGAAGUCCUUCCGGUCCGGGGAGAUGGUGACAGUGGGGAAGAACUGGGACGGUACCCCUGACCGCCGCUGGUGCUUCAGGGUGGACGAGGUCAACUGGUGCCACUGGAAUCAGAACCUGGCCAUAAUCAACGAAGACCCGGGCAAGAACAUAACAGAGACCCAGCAAUGCCCUGGUACAGUGCAUCAAACCGUCCGUGGCCUGAGGAGAGAUCGCUGGUCCACGGUGGUGCCACGGGUUGUGGAGCAGAAUAAAGGGCCACGACCACGAGACCUGGUACUGGAGAUGGAGCCACUGACCCCCAGACACUGACCCUGUGCAGAGGGCUAGAGCCCAGCUCUGGGGGCCUCCAUGAGCCCGGGUCCUUAAGAACACCCUGCAGAUCGGAGGUACUCAGACUGACAAAGAAGAGUUGGGCCACAAAGUUUGCCACUUUGCACAAAACUCUGUCGGCAUGAGAUUAGAACCAAAGAUCUGUACAAAGUGUUAACAGACAAUAGAAAGGAUUUAGAAAAUAUAGGAAUGUAGUGUUUGGUCAAAGGAAACCAUCCAUUUGUUUAUCAAAUGCUUUUUAUAUUCAACUAGUUGUGAAUGGUGGUCAUACCUCCUGAUUAUAAGUAUCCACUACCUUGGUGGUUUUAACCCGGGAGGAAGGACCCUCGGGAAGCUGUUACCUGACAGAAUGCCCCGGCUUCAACUUUCAACAUAUCCAAAUGUGUGUUUUCAAGAGUCGACCAUAGAUGAGACGUAUGUCGAUGUGAUCUAUUGGGAGACUGCUGAUGAACGCAUAUUGUACCUCCUGUAUUUAGGAAAACUUGCUCAGGGAGUUCAAGAAGGGCAAAAUAUUUAUUAUAUUCUUACGCGUAUCCUUGUUGUUUUUAGCAUCUGGAUAAAGAACUGGGAGGAAGUGAUUAAAGUUCAAACAAACCAUUUUGGGAUGGGAUGUUCAAGCACAAUAUGUACUGUAUGUAUGUAGCUAUAUACUAAAUGACAAAAAACUAAAGCUAGCUUUAUAUGGCCCACCGUUUUUCAUUUCCAUCAGUAUGUCCUGUUGAUAGUCUGACACACAGGGUCCUAAUUUUAUUAUUCAUGCUUGGAUAGGAUUGCUUUGAUCAUAACAAACAAACACUGAAUUGAUUUGUUGAGAGGAAGAUAUAUUCUCCCUAACAGUAUUUAUGUGGAUUUUUUAAGCUUUGGGUGUUAUACCAACAUGAAAAUAGGCCUUUAAUUAAAACCGAAACAUUUGCUACUGAUCCAACAUCACCCAGAGAAUGGUUUUGAAGAUGUAAGCUGUUUUUCCAUCAUGUUUUGUUGAGGCCUUUUAAAUCAUAAUGGACAUUAGCUUCCUAUGUGUUUCAAAAUGUUUUUAUUUUAUUUGAUACAAUUCCUAAUAAAUUUUGCGACAACGUUAA